AUGGCGCAAGAGGAAGAUGACCCGCAGGAUUCCAGAGACAUGGUUUUGCACACGCCCGGCUGGGGCAAUGAAGCUUGGCCUCCAGCUUGGCUGCCCGCGCCGAUACGGCCUAUGCGCGGCAGUGUUGGGAGAUUUUCGGCUGCAGCUGUCAGCUCCAGGGAAGAGUGCAACAAUGCCCAGGACUUUUUUGGAGAUUUACCGGUGUCAGACCGUGUGGGCCACGACAAGACGGGUGUCGGUUACAAGGAUCCGUCUCUUGCAACAAACCGGUCACUUGCGUUGCCGUCAUCUUCGAGCACUUUGCCCGUAGACUUGCAAAGCACGAAUACGAUAUCGUUGUUGGUCGCAAAUGUCGGCUUCAUCGAUCGCAGCCGGCGCUUUUCUGAUUUCAUAGCAGGCAAUUUUUCGGUCGUCCUUCUUCAAGAAGCUCACUCCUGUGGCAUCUCGCACCGAAUUGCAAAAGCACGGGACAUGUGCAUCUUAGAGGGUCUAGGCCGGGUUGGAUCAUGCAUGGCUGUCCUAGCUGGACAGACAGGGACAAAGUAUCUCAGCCGUAUAUAUCCGACCUGGGAUGGAUUGAUGGAGCGACCCUACAAGGAUUCGGCCAAACAAGGUGAUCGCAUCCAUUCAUUAGUUUGCCUGUCUGCGGAGGUGCAAUGGGUCAAUGAAGCGAACGGUGGAGUUAUAUCUCGAGCCGGCCUCAGUUCCUUCCGGGUUACCACAGUGCACGUCCACAACGACGAGAAGCGUUCCGUCGAGUCGUGCAAGCUUGCAUUAAAGACACUAUUUUGGUUGGCGCUCCGAGACAAACAUCGUGUCGUUGCAGGCGACUUCAACCUAGAACCCCAGGCUAUUCGUGAUGCAGUGGAUUGUGUUAUCGAACAGUUCGAGGGAGCGAGUUACGAGGUUCUACAUGGUGAUCGCAGCGCGGAGAUCUGUUGCGUGCUGCUGAAUUUCGCCAAGUUGCCUCAGCUGCGAGGCGCAGUGAAAGGCGCGGUGGCGGAGCGCUGGACAAGUGAGGAGUUGAGACUUUCAGACAACGAUGCUGAUUCACACUAUCCCCUCAUUCUUGAACUUUCCCCUCUGGAGCUGCGUGAGGGUGACUUGCGUAAGCGAUCCGCGGAAGCGGCUGCCAAGCGAGCGCAGAAGAAGUCGAAACGUCGGGGCACUCACACCGUAAAAGAUCCGGAUGAGGCAAUGUGGCUUUGUGACUUCUGGCAGAUCUUGACUUGCCAAGGGUUUGAUCCUCAGAGGCAACUUUCCAUCGCCCCUUACCUCUCCAUCAUCGCAGCGAAUGUGGCGCAGCAGGAGCUGACGCUGCCCUGCCUGGCUCACGUCUUGGGGGAGCCUGAGACAUUUCUGCCUCUUGGCUCCAUACGACCAGCAGGUCACAUCUCCAAUCUGCUCAGCGCUGCCUGGCUGGCCCCGGGUCUGGAACAUUUGGUGUGCCUGCAGGACUUCACCUUGCACCUCAGCGGCUGCUGCACCCUGCGCCGCUUCGGCUGCGCCGCGUCGCUGCCGCGCACCCUGCGACGCUUCGAGCUGGGCCUGGACAGCUGCGAACGGCUGCAGGAUGCCACGGAGCUGCUGCGGGGAAUCGGUGAUUUAAUGCAGCUGACCUCCCUUCGCCUUUCCAUGUCGGGAUGCAAAGGUUUGCUGCUGGAUUCUGACUUGGUUCUGCUGGGCAAAAGCCUACGGCAACUUCAAGAGCUGCAGUGCCAUGGUGAUCCAUGGCAUUUGUCCUUGAACUUCUCCGGAACCAAGCGGCUCUUUUACCUCAUCGAGCUGGGUCGAAGUAUUCGUUACCUACGUCAGCUGCAUGAGCUCUUGAGCCGCAACGACACGAGGGAGCGAGGGGGCGACUUGGGAGGGGUGGACGUCCCCGGCAGCUUCUCCUUGAAGUUGGACAAGUCGGGUGUGCGCAUCAACCGGGAGAAGGUGGUGGGCUAUGACAGCGCGGGUGCAUUUGUAAAGGCCCUGGGUAUCAGGGCGCUCUCAGAUCCGGAGGAUGCUGAGGGACCUCCCGUGGAAACAGAACGUGGCAUGGCGCAAGAGGAAGAUGACCCGCAGGAUUCCAGAGACAUGGUUUUGCACACGCCCGGCUGGGGCAAUGAAGCUUGGCCUCCAGCUUGGCUGCCCGCGCCUGCCCGCGCCGAUACGGCCCAUGCGCGGCAGUGUUGGGAGAUUUUCGGCUGCAGCUGUCAGCUCCAGGGAUGGGUGCAACAGUGUCAGACCGUGUGGGCCACGAUAAGACGGGUGUCGGUUACAAGGAUCCGUCUCUUACAACAAACCGGUCACUUGCGUUGCCGUCAUCUUCGAGCACUUUGCCCGUAG